AUGAAAAUGAAGCUUGCUUACACUAUCUUCACACUACUUGCUAUAGCAUCGAAACUGCUGGGGAAACCUAUCUCCGAAGGCAGCUCUCAGCAAGACGUCCAUCCCGCCGCAACCCCAGAUAGCCCACUCCGGAAGAUCGACUCAAACAUCGGCGUUGACGAUGUGAUCGCCACUCUUCUCCAUAUCGGCGUCGAUGUUGUUACUCUUGAUAAGACCAUCUCAGCGCUUCAAUUUACGAAGGACAGCAUCCCGCUCCUCCAGUCCCAAACCCGGGCCAUCACCGACUCCCUCGACACAUUGAUUGCCCAGACGCUCCUUCUCAGCCAUUUGAGUCCUAUCGAGAGCACCCGGGUGACUGCAAACACUGUCAUCUUGAAGCCGACCUAUACUCAUUUGCUGAAGGUGAUUUCGGAACAGAGACUCACUCUCUGCGCUAUGCAGUAUUGCAAGGAAAUACACGACUGGGUAGGGCAGUUUCGCAUCAAAUUGCUGGUCUCGACGGUAACCGCCAAUGCCAUCCUCGUGCUCCCGGAUGCGGUUUUAACCGAGGCGGCGUGGGCGGUUCAGGAUCGGGAGUUUCCACCUGUUCUAGCGGCCUCUCAUGGACCUUACAACUAG